AUGAAGGGAUCCGUUCUUCUGGCGGCAGCUACUCUCUGCAGUGUUGCACUUUCUAGGCAAGUUGUGGCCUGCCGAAAGGAUAGAGAUGUCCGAUAUACUGACCUCGGACGUAGGAUCAUUGCGCCUGCACCGAUCAAGCUACGCCGCCGCGAUGAUAUCGAUCCAAGCGAGCUAUAUCCUGCCCAUAACAUCUCCGUUCCCAUAGACCAUUUCCACAACGAAUCCAAAUAUGAACCUCACACUAACGCCUCGUUCAAUCUGCGAUACUUCUUUGAUGCGACAUACUAUAAGCCCGGUGGUCCUGUCAUCGUCUUGCAGAGUGGUGAAACAGACGCCUCGACCAGAUUGCCAUACCUCCAGAAGGGCAUUCUCGCCCAGCUGUCCAACGCAACCAACGGCAUUGGAGUCGUGCUCGAACACAGAUACUAUGGCACAAGCUUUCCAACCGAGAAUUUGACUAAGGAGGCUUUUCGGUUCCUGACCACAGAACAAGCCCUAGCCGAUCAGGCAUAUUUUGCCAGUCACGUAGUCUUUCCUGGAUUUGAACAUGUGAACUUGACUGCUCCCCACACACCAUACAUAACAUAUGGAGGGUCAUAUGCAGGUGGUUUUGCUGCAUUUAUUCGCAAGCUAUAUCCCGACCUGUAUUGGGGAGCUAUUUCAUCUUCCGGAGUGACAGAAGCCAUAUACGAUUACUGGCAGUACUAUGAGCCCGUCCGCGAAUACGGACCGUCGGAUUGCAUCGAGACCCAUGUCAAGCUCACCAACAUCCUGGACAACAUUUUGAAAAAGAACGACACCAAGACUGUCACACAACUCAAGACAGGAUUCGGCCUGGAGACACUCACCCAUAAUGAUGACUUUGCCAAUGUCGCGUCAUAUGGUAUCGGGGGUUGGCAAGAGCGUAACUGGGAUCCAGCGGUCAACGUUCUGGACUUCCACUACUACUGCGAGAACAUCACUUCGAACAAGGUCCUCUGGCCAUCUGACACCAAAGCUUCCACUGCGUCGUCCCUGGUGGAAGCCGGAGGCUGGGGUAACGAAUCAAAGACGCUGACCACGAGCUUGUUGAAUUACAUGGGAUGGACCAAUGACAGCUAUGGUGCUGCGACGUGUGGCGGCACUCUCGAUGAAUGUUACAACACCCACAACGCUUCAGCUCCCAUGUAUACGGACAAGAGCCUUGACAACUACGGGUCCCUGUCGUGGUCGUACCAAAUCUGCACUGAAUGGGGAUAUUUCCAGACUGGAUCGGGAGUGCCGAAGAACAAGCUGCCUUUGAUCUCUCGCUUGUUGACGCUAGAUUACGAAACAUUGGUCUGUCGAUUGGCCUUCAACAUCCAUCAGCCUCCAAAUGUCACGACGGUGAACAAAUACGGCGGCUUCAACAUUUCGUACCCUCGACUCGCAUUUGUCGGCGGAGAAGCUGACCCGUGGCGUCCAGCGACUCCGCUUGCGACUUUGGAAGUCCCAGACCAGUUGAACAGAACGAGCAAUGCCAGCGAGCCAGUGAUAUUGAUUGCUGGCGCUGUCCACCACUGGGAAGAAAACGGCCUGUUCCCCAACGAAACCACGCCUCAACUACCACCACACCCAGUAGCUGAAGCUCAAACGGAGCUGGCCCAAAUAGUCCAGGGGUGGUUGAAGGAAUGGAAUUCGACCAGAUCUUGA